CUAUUCUCCAUUUCAGACAUGGCAAAUGCGACUCUAGAAUUCGCUUUUUCCAUGGUCGGGCUGGUAUUCUGGUCUUUCCAGCUAGCUCCUCAAGUUUGGAAAAACUGGAAGUUGAAAAGCACUGAAGGCCUCUCUACACCUAUGAUGAUCAUAUGGGCGCUCUCAGGAAUAUUUCUCGGAAACUAUAAUAUUGGAGCCAAUCUUGCAGUUCCAUUGUGGAUACAGCCGCAAAUUUUUGCUGUGAUAGCCUACAUAUGUGCCUUGCAGACAAUGUACUAUCAGCGCAAGUGGUCCAGUACACUUUCUCUCUUUGUCCUCUUUGUAAUAUGUGUAAUAUCAGGUGCUAUAGAGUACGGUCUGGUUACAGCUUUCCGAGUUGCUCAAGAUCGACAGGUUGACUGGGUUCACUGGUUUUUUGGUGUCAUCCCAGUGGUGCUUAUCAUUAUCGGAUUUCUACCUCAAUACUGGGAUAUAUUCGUGGAAAAGAGGGUCCAUGGUGUUUCGCAUCUAUUUCUCGCAAUGGACUUUCUCGGUAGCAUUUUCUCAAUACUUUCUCUAGCUUUUCGAGAUACCUUUGAUGCUCUGGAUGCCGUUAACUACGUUGCAGUUGCCGUUCUCGACCUGGGCAUAUUUUCGUUGUACUACAUCUUCGAGUGGUAUCAUAAACGAAAGGAUAGAAAGGCAAGCGAGAUUGACGUAGAAAAAGGUACAGAUUCCACCGUUGUUGAUACCGAGACUGAGGCAAACCUCCCUGGGUCAUCAGCCGAUGUCGCAAGUACGCUAUGAAUGCCAUUGCGUAUAAUGUAAGGUGUUGCAUACCUGCACUUUUCAAUAUCUCAUAGAACAUGAACCUCCAUCGCAUAGAAUGUACUAUAUCGCCAUAUAUUCGCUUUCUUAGUAACUAUGAUAGCGAACUUCUAGCCUUACUACUAAUCAGCGCUUAACACAGACCACAACU